GUGCGAACCGAAACGAAUCGGAUAUUUAAAAUGGCUUCGGAUGUUGAUACUUCGGAGGAUGUGAGCAGUAAACGAAUCAAAUUGUCAAAUGAUAGUAAAUUGGAUCCAGUGGCUGAAGAUUUAAGUUCACAUGCUCGUAUAACUUCGCUUGAAGAUUUUAAAUUAAAAAAUAUUUUAUCAGAUAAUGCUUAUUCCAAAGCUGUGUUUUUAGAAGGCUCAUUUGAACCUGUGGAUGACACUGCAGUGAUUCUAUUGGAAAAACUUCCUUUCGUAAAGGAUUCUGUCGAUAAAUUAUUGAAUAAUGCUGAUCUUGCUCUGAAUUUAAAAUCAAAUUCGGCACCUGCUCCAAAUAUCAUUCAUUAUGCUUGUUAUCCUAAAGUUGAUCGCGGUGAUAUUAAAGCUACAAUAAUUUAUCCUGCCACACAGAAACAUGUAGAAAAAUAUAAGUUUCAGAACGCGUAUAUUGUGAAUGAAACUUCUGAAGUAUAUGAAAGUAUUGUUCAACCUCAUAUACUCUCACAAGAAUUUUCUUUACAGUGGAUUCAUAAUAUACUAGAACAUAAAAGUGAAGUGGAAAGAAUAGUAUUUGAAGAUCCUGAUCCUGAAAUAGGUUUUAUUCUGGUACCAGAUUUGAAGUGGGAUGAGUCAAUUUCAGAUUACAUUUACCUAAUAGCCAUUCCUCAUAAAAAAAAUAUAAAAUCAUUAAGAGAUCUCACAGCUUCUCAUCUGCCAUUACUGAAUAAUAUCAGGUCAAAGAGUUUGGUUGCCAUUUCCAAGAAAUAUAACAUUCCAGAAGAAAAACUAGUAGCAUACUUUCACUAUCAGCCAUCAUUUUAUCAUAUGCAUGUACAUUUCAAUUGUCUGGAAAAACCUAUGCAAGGAUCCCAGUGUGGGAAGGCUCAUUUAUUAGAUACUGUUAUCGGUAACUUGGAACUGUGUUCAACAUAUUAUCAACAAACUACAUUGACAUACACAUUGAAAGAAAAUGAUUCUCUUUUCUCAAAACUUAGAGAAGCGUCUGUGAUCUGCUCAUGAUUUUUCUUUUAAUGCUUCUGUAUUAAUUACUUCUUCGAGUACACAUAACAAGUUCAUUGAAGUCAAGUGUAACUUUUAUGUUGGUUGAAAGUUAUGCAUUCAUCUUUGAAUUUUUGUUACCUCCCUCAACAAAGAAGGCUUCAUGCAUCAUUUGAAAUGUGUACUUUAUUUUUUCAUAAAUAAAUAAGGAAUAAUUAUUUUAAAUUGUGCUAAAUAACAUGAAAAGCCUCUAAAUAAUGAAACUGUAAUUUAUUAACAAUAAUAAGUUGUAUAAAUUUUAAACUAAUUCAAUUCACCUUCACCAUAUGCUAAGCAAAAAGUUUAGCAUUUUUAAAGUUCAAACCAAUUUAUUUCAGAUUUAACAAAGCAUGUUUCCCCCCCUUUUUUUUUCUUCAGGGUGUGGGGGGGGGAGUAAUGUAAUUUCAAGGGGCUGUGAAAGGUGAGUCUUAAGUCUUCUCUCCCACUGCCAUUUGCUUAUUGUAGGUGGGUGUUAUUUUUUCUUCUUUAUCACUUUGUAAGUUUGUAUAGUCAUUUAGAGAGGAUUUAAAGGCUAUUUUAUUGAUUUAAUUACGCUUAGUUUUCGUUAAUCUAUCUAUAAAUACUUUUAAAAAUAAGUUUUUUUUGGGGGGGGGAAGGUAAUAGCUAGAUUUUGUAAAUAUAUGAUGUCAUAUCUUAUUUUUUAAAAACUUUUUAACCUUUUCUUGAAAUCUUUAAAAAUAUGCAUAAUUUCUACAUUUUGUUUGCUUUUACCUUCAUGUAAGAAUUUCUCUGUUUCCUUUGCAUGGCUUCUGAAUUGAUGUAACUAGACUUAUUUCUUUUAAUAAUGUCUUUUCCAAGCCUUUGAAAUAAAUAAUUAUAAUUUUA